AUAUUUAAAUAUAAGUCAAAUAAGGAUUUGUUUUGGUUAAAAAUCAUGGUAAUAAGUUUUACAAAAAAUAAAUAAACGAUUAGGAAUUUUGCUGAAGCGAUUCAAAUAAAAGCAAGAAGUCCUUAAUGAUUAACGCGAUGUUGGAAACUAUGUCAGGAGAUCACAAAACAUUGUUAAAAGGACAUUCUUCCCAAUACCUAAAACUAAAUGUUGGUGGCCAAUUGUAUUAUACCACAAUUGGAACACUGACAAAAAAUAAUGACACAAUGUUGAGCGCAAUGUUUAGUGGUAGAAUGGAGGUUCUGACAGAUUCAGAAGGAUGGAUUUUGAUCGACCGCUGUGGAAAUCAUUUUGGUGUCAUACUCAACUUUUUAAGGGAUGGAACUGUGCCGUUGCCUGAAACCAACAAGGAAAUUGCUGAAUUGCUUGCCGAAGCCAAAUAUUACUGCAUCACAGAACUGGCAAUGUCCUGUGAACGGGCUCUAUUUGCGCACCAAGAACCUAAGGCAAUUUGUCGGAUUCCACUGAUAACGUCGCAAAAGGAAGAACAGCUUUUAAUUAGUGUAUCUUCAAAGCCUGCUGUUAUUCUUGUGGUACAGCGACAAAAUAACAAGUAUUCGUACACAAGUACUUCAGAUGACAACUUACUAAAAAACAUUGAACUUUUUGAUAAGCUAUCCUUGCGAUUUAAUGAAAGAAUUUUGUUUGUUAAAGACGUAAUCGGUCCAAGUGAAAUUUGCUGCUGGUCAUUUUACGGUCAUGGUAAAAAGGUAGCUGAAGUAUGUUGCACAUCGAUAGUUUAUGCAACUGAUAGAAAGCACACUAAAGUUGAAUUUCCGGAGGCCCGAAUUUACGAAGAAACACUACAGGUCUUGCUUUAUGAAAAUCGCAAUGCCCCCGAUCAAGAGCUUAUGCAAGCGACAUCUUCAGUUCGAGUGGGAAGUACCAGUGGAACGAGUGUACAUCAGUAUACAAGCGAUGAGGAGGAAGAGCGCACCGGGCUUGCGCGAUUACGUUCCAAUAAAAGAAAUAUUCCCUCCUAAGCUUAAAUUUUAUAAGUUAAAAAAAAAGAUAUCUUGAUUAUCAAUAAAGAUUUACAUCAAAUAAGGGUAGGAUUGAUAUUGGUAUUACAAAUUUACUACAUCCUUAAUUAUAAAGGAAUAGGGGACAUUGCAGUCGCUGAGGAUUACAUAAACAAACAUACAUAUGUAUAAUAGAUUACAGGAUGCUUUCCCGGCCCUAUUAAGUAUCCAGAGUAAAAUUAUUAAUGUCCCAGUUAUUUAUGUCGAAUUAAUGACCCGUCAAUUGAUUAAGGAUAAAGCUAAGAAGAACAAAUAAACGAAUAAAACGAG